AUGGAGGGAAAUAAUGGCACGGAAUGUUCAAAGACAAGCCCAUCUAAACAAAACCAGGCUGAGAGUGAGAGUACGGAAGAAAAUGAUGGUGAAAGUAGGCCUAGGAAUGGAGGAAGCUCAAGCAACAGCACGGUGGAAGAGAAUGAGAAGAAGCCUUUCGUGAGGCCUUAUGUCAGAUCCAAGAUGCCAAGGCUCCGGUGGACACCUGAUCUUCACCUUCGUUUUGUUCACGCGGUUGAGAGACUCGGUGGACAAGACAGAGCUACCCCAAAGUUGGUUCUUCAGCUGAUGAAUAUAAAAGGACUUAGCAUCGCUCAUGUCAAGAGCCAUCUUCAGAUGUAUAGAAGCAAGAAGAUUGAUGAUCCUGGACAAGUCACAACCGAGCAUAGGCAUCUUGUGGAAAGUGGAGAUCGAAACAUUUAUAACCUCAGCCAACUUCCCAUGCUGCAAGGAUAUAACAAUCAUCAUCAAGGCGAUAGUUCUAGUAGUUUCAGAUACGGAGGUGCUUCCUGGAAUGGCCAGGAGUGCUUGCUGCGUAAUCCUUAUACAAGCAGGAGUUUCAUUGAUGAACCAAGACCAGGACUGCAUGGAACAAUGACGGAGAGGAUAUUUGGCAGUAAUAGUACAAGCAAUUGGACCAAUUACAAUCUCAGGAUGGGCAGUUCCUCCUUCAAUGCACUACCUAGCUGGAAAAGCCAUGAACUGCAGAAUGAAUUCCUAUCAUCUCACAAUCUUGAAUCCUUCCGAACCCAGUCAAGAUUAGGCGCAAUUGAGCACAACCCCACAAGCCAAACGCAAGCUAAAGUAGAAGAGCAUAUAAGUUUCAGCAGAAGUACAGGCCCUUCUGAUGCAAACAAAACGAAUGCAAAAGAGUGUAAGGCGAUGAAAAGAAAGGCUCCAGAUUGCAACCUUGAUUUGGAUCUAUCUCUGAGGCUAAUACAAGUGAAUGAAGAAAGCCAGCGAAGUUCCAAGGAAGACGAUGUUGGCAGUGAGUUAUCUCUGUCAUUGUACUCACCAUCAUCCUCAUCAAAGCUUAGCAGAUUGAAAGGAGAAGAUCAUAGUAAGAAGAGUGCAAGAAGGGUAAGUACUCUAGAUCUGACUAUAUGA